UAGAGGGCACUGUAGUAAAUGGGAUUGUCUUCCCGUGCUGACUUUUCCAUCUCUGUGCGGCUCCGUUACUGUUCAGUCCUCCCCAGCUGCAGGCUGAGUGUGCGGUGUGCUCCACACAAUGUGCUUUAGAUGAGUAGAAAACUGUUUCUUGCAUGAUGAAGAGCCAGAGAAGAAGUGGAUGGUGAGGAUGUGGGAGAUGCUGCAGAGGUAGAGCAUCUUAAACUGAUUUUGACCUUUGACAUUCGAACAUCAGAGGGGAAAAGAUGAGGCCUCCAGUCUCUUGUAGAAAAGCUCUGCAGGUGUCUCUGCUCCUCCUUCUGGCUGGACACCUGCACUGCAGACUCACCGCCCCGGCUCUUUUGAAAGCCCCGGUGGGCAAACCCUUCACUCUGACCUGCAGCAUUUCCAGGGAUCGAGGUGAAUCUGUCAGGCAGGUGCGUUGGCUGGACGUCCAGAAUCAGACCCUGCUGAGCUACCAGCCAAUGAACAAAGACAGCGUGAGUGGACAGCAGCACGUGGAGCUGGCCCCGUCCUCCUCAAAAGACUCCUCGUCCAUCAUCAUCCACAGGGUGGGCUUCCGCGAUGAAGGAUGCUACACCUGCAUCUUUGAUCUGCAGCCUUCUGGUUCGAAGCAGGGACAGACAUGCCUCACUGUUGAUGCCCAAGUCACUUCAGACAGAAACAAAACAGCAGUGAGCGGCAAGCGGGCCUCCCUCUCCUGCUCCUACGGGUUGCCUGAAAAGGUGAAGCAGGUCAUGUGGUUGCACUCUCCAACUGGUGGUCAGCCUUCAGAGGUGGCCUCCUACGCCCAGAGGAGCGACCCCAUGAUCGAGCCCGCGUACCAGGGGAGAGUCUGGCUCACCCCCUCCCUUUCGGACAGCCAGCUCACCAUCCAGCCUGUCGCCAUCCAGGAUGAGGGCUGCUACACCUGCACGUACGAAACUCACUCAGACGAGAAGAAGAGCUCUGUGGUCUGCCUCUCUACCUACGUCCUGCCCAAACCCCAGGUGAGCUACAGGACAACCUCCCCAGGUGUGAUCGAGGCCAACUGCACCUCCAUGUCCCGGCCCCCGGUAGAGAUUGUGUGGAACGUGGAGACGGACAACCGCACCAUCGGUGCCCCCCUGACCUCACAGCUCCCCCAGGAGGACGGCACCACUCUGGUCGUCAGUACGCUGACCGUCCAAUCGGGGCUGCUGAAGGACGUGUCCGUCAAAUGCUUGGUGCACCACAAAGGGCUGGAGUCUCCGAUCGCUGUGUCCAUGAAUACUAAAAUUGGCACCGCUCUCACCAUCCUCAUCUCAGUUACCACCGUAGCAGCUCUGCUGGUUUUGUCCCUCUGCUUCUGUCUUUGGAAGUGCUUCUUGCACAAAGAAGAUAAUUAACAUUACACAUGGAACCAGUAGCAGAAAAGAAGAGGCUAAGAUGGAGUCCAUGAAGGAUCACUUUAUGGAUGCAAAGGGAAUCCUUUCUCAAACACCUGCACAGGAAGACAACCAGUACAAUCCUGUCUCUGAUCAUCCACAUUCAGAACUGCUCUGCUGUUUUAAUGUCAGACGCUUGUCCUCACACGCUGUCUAUGGCCCAGUCAGAGCCCCAUGCAAUUAAAAAUGAGCACUACUAUGCAUUAGCUGACAGCAUUGGCUUCUCAGCUUACGUACAGAUGUCAAUCACAGAGUGUCCACACUCGUUUGCAAAAGUAAAUUGAUGCUAAGUUAUGGACAAGUUUAUAUAUAUAUAUAUAUAUAUAUAUAUAUAUAUAUAUAUAUAUAUAUAUAUAUAUAUAUAUAUAUAUAUAUAUAUAUACAUACAUACACAUACAUAUACAUAUAUGCAUACAUAUACAUAUACUGUAUAAGCAUAAACCAAUGUGUAUUCCCUCUGUCGGCCGACUAGAAGUGAGCAUUCACAAGCGUGAGGCAUUGCUUCCAGCUGUAAUCAUGGAAGUAAGGAGAGGGGCUUAGGGUGUGAUACAUUUUUCCACCUCUAGAUGGUGCCCUCUGACACAAAGUCUAGAUUUCUGCUUUCAUUGGAGGGUUGAGAGGGUGGGUGAGAAUUGCUGCUUGUUAGAUAUUUAUGUGACCUUGGAUUUUAACAGAACAGAUGUGAAACAAAUGCAAUGAUGCUUCUAAGUAAUGUUUUGUUCAUCAUCCUAGUAAUUUUUCAAAACCAAGAUUUGUGUUACUGAAGUGCAUGAUUUGCAGUCACUGACAGAAAUGGGGUUUAGUCAUUAAAAGCUUUGAUGUGUUUUAUUUUUUGUUUUAUAAGAGCAUUUAGUAGUCUCCAGACUUUAGCUACUCUGAGUUCUUCUGCUAGAAAACAAGAUAUUUUAAUGAAAACGUAUGUAUUUGGAGCAAAUACAAAAAAAUUAAACAAACUGAAUUAUUUAAGAAUGAGAAAUAUCUUUGAAUCCUGAUUCGAUAAAGCCUAAAUGUCACAUCUCUGCUGUCUUUAUAUUAAAUUGGAUUCAUAGAGGUAUCAGAUUGUCUCCUGAUGUGCAAAACCUGCCUGUCAGAUCCUCGUCUUUGGUGCAGUUUUUCAGUCACAGUUUUGAGAAGUUUGAAGUUCCUGCAGAGGACGGUUCUGCUUUGAUGCAUCUUUAAACUCUGGAACAUGUAUGACUUUAAGAAACAUGCUUGAUUUAUUUUCAAAUCGCACACAUUAGAAAUGUUUGAAAGUUUGCUUGACGUAUUUGUGUCCACAUGUAAAAGCUGACAGUAUGGAAUAUUAGUUCAAAGAUCUAUUGUUACCUUAAUAAAGGUAUAUAUGUCUCAA